UCCGAGGCCACGCCCCCGGAAGCGGCUCGCGGAUUCGGAAAGCGCGCGCGGAACCCGGGACCAGAACCCAAGGGCACCAUGGGCGCCUCCAGGCUCUACACCUUGGUCCUGGUGCUGCAGCCUCAGCGAAUUCUCCUGGGCAUGAAGAAACGAGGCUUUGGGGCCGGCCGGUGGAACGGCUUUGGGGGCAAGGUUCAAGAAGGAGAGACCAUCGAGGAUGGAGCCAAGAGGGAGCUGCAGGAAGAGAGUGGUCUGACCGUGGACGCGCUGCACAAGGUGGGCCGGAUCGUGUUUGAGUUCGUGGGUGACCCUGAGCUGAUGGACAUGCACAUCUUCUGCACGGACAGCAUCCAGGGGACACCCGUGGAAAGCGACGAAAUGCGCCCCCAGUGGUUCCACCUGGACCAGAUCCCCUUCGGUGACAUGUGGCCUGAUGACAGCUACUGGUUUCCCCUCCUGCUUCAAAAGAAGAAAUUCCAGGGCUACUUCAAGUUCCAGGGUCACGACACCAUCCUGGACUAUACGCUCCACGAGGUGGACAGAGUCUAGGGCCGAGCCUGGCUCCUUGCAGAGCCAGGGCUUCCAGUCAGGCUGGAGCAUGACCGAUGGAAGGAAAUGGACGUCUGACCUUUUUAGCGUCCUUCCCCGGGCCCCCCAUGGGCAGCCAGGUCCCAUCACCGGGAGCUGGCACACCUGCCCAGCUGUGACCUGAGACACCAGACACAGAGAGGGAGGAGACCCAGGCCCGAAGGGUGAGGGGACAGCUUCUCUGCCCACCCCAGGGUGGACAGCUGGUGUGGGAGGCCCGACGUUGGUGUGGGCGGGCCACGGGAUCACGGGGGUGGCCUAGAGAGUGUGCCCCCUCCCACCAACCCCCACAGGGGACACGGGGGCCCAGCUGGGGUCCAGGGCUAAAACCCCAUCUGUUACCCUCCCUCCCAGAGGAUGGACGGUCACCAACCUCUCACACAAAGAAGCCACGACUUGACCCAACUUUUAUAAAUAUGUUUAAUAAUA